GUUCAGCAAUAGAAAACAUAUUGACAGAGGGACAGAUGGAAGUCCGGUAUAAAGACCACCAGCUUUUCAAGCACCUACAAGCCUUUUUCAGGGAGAAGCCUCUCCAUCUUUCUUCCUUUAUUUCUUCUUUCCUUUUCCUUUCUUCUUCUUAUCCUGAUCUGGAGCAAUGGCAACGGAAGAGGAAGCACGAGAAGCAACAGAUGGGGAGGAAGUUCAAGUGGAAGAUGUGGAUUUAGGAGUAGUCCAUUUGCAAACACACCUAGACAGGAAGCUACAAUCUAAUGUGGAGAUCAAGAACGCUGGAGAAAUCAUCGAUUCAACUGAAGGAACGUUGAAGAUUCCAGAUGAUCAAGUUUUAGUAGAAGCACCCUCUGAUGUUUUAGUAGAAGCAUCCUCUGAUGCCAAAAUUGCCCCAGAACAUAUCCUGAAUGGCACAGCAUCUUCUCUGAAUGGCCAUAUGGACACAGAAGAGAAGAUUUCAAAUGAGCAGCUGCAUGAAAACAAUCAGAAAGAUCAAGAGCAGGUAGAAGCUAUCAACGAAGAGGUGACUGAUUGUUUAAGCCAUGGAGAGAGCACAACAGAAGAUAGCAGCCUUUUGAAGCAUGAGAAAGAAGAGCCCAAGGGAGAUGGUCAACAAGAUUCAGAAGGUGCUACAGUAGACAAUGACACGGUACAGGAGGACACGCUAAAAACUGAAAAUGCUGUUGAGCAAAAAGUUGAUGGCCAGCGAGACCAGAAUCUGGAACCAGCAGAAGCAACCAAGGACACACAACCUGCAAGCAUGACAGAUAUUCCUGAUGUUGAGGUUGUAGCUGAAGCACCUGCUGGAGCUCAAACUCUUGUGGAGCCCAAUCUGGAUGAUUCUGAUGCUGUUCCAGAUACUAUUGAUGAAAACACAGAAACAGAUGAACCAGUUAAAGCUGAUGGUGUCGUUCAUCAUGACCAUAAAGAGAGCUUUCCAGAAGAUACAUCUAUUGCACAAGAUACAGAAGAGGUGGAGGUGGUCGCAGUAGAAGAUCAACAGAGUAAGGAAGCUGAUGCCAUGGAUGCAGAUGUGGUGCAGGAAGAGAUGCCUAACUGUGAGGAAACUGAUGUGCAGGAAGAGAUGUCUAAACCUGAACAUGCUGAUGAGUUAACGGCUGAUGCUCAAGAAGUGCUGAAUCAAGAAUCUGCUGAAGAAACUAAUGGCCCAGUGAAUGAAAAAACUGAAGAAACUGCCGACCAGAGCAACAUGGCAGCUUCCGAGACAAUGUCAGAACAUGAUGCAACAAAGAGGGAGACAGAUGUAAAUAUUCAAGUGCAGAACCAGGUAUCAUUAGAAGAAAUAGAAGAUGCUGAAGCAGUUGACACUGAAGCAGAAAUGCAACAAAGCAGUGUUGCUUUUGAGGAGGCAAUUCCAGAAGAUCAUGUAGCUACCAAAGAGCCAAAUUCUGAUAUCCAAGAUGUACAUAAAUUGAACCCGGAGGAAGUCAAUGGCUCUGGAGAUGCAAAGGAUGAAGAGAUCACCAACAGCAAUGUGGCUUUAGCUGAACAUGCAGUUCAAGAUAAGGUACUACCGAGUGAGCCAACUGCAGAUAUACAACCAGUACAGGAGUUGGAACAGAUUGAAACUGUGAGCAGUGGAACUUACAAAAUGGAUGGAGCUUCUGAUCAAACUCAUGCUGUUGCAUUCAAUGAUCUAGCUCAGGAAGAUGGUAUAGCAGCAAGUGAACCACAGGUGACUGACAUAGCAGAAGAACUGAAGGACAUUGACACCACUAAAACUCAAGAAACCACCCAACAGGGCCAUGUUACUCCUUCCAAGGAACUUUCAGCAGAAGAUGAUUCAACAAGUGAGCCACAUAAUGAUGUCAUCCAGCAGACCCUUGAACAAGAUCCGGUUGAAGUUAAGGACACUGAAACUCACCGUGAAAAAAUUAUUUCUGCUUCCGAAGAGGACACAGUGGAAGGCAACUUAACAGCAGAAGAACCAACCUGUGAUAGUCAAGAAGAAGAUAAAGUAGAAGCAACAGAAGAAAUCAAGGAUAACAAAGUUGAUGCAGAAGUCUCUAAUGUGCCAAUUGUUGACGAGUCAGAUGAAGGAAAGAAUGUGCUAAGAGUUGAGGAUAUUGCUGAGAAGCAUUUGCGGUGGCCAGAACCAGAAGAAACAAAUAGCACAGAGCCUGUUGAAACAGAGAAAGCUUCUGAUCAAAGACAUACUGCUCUAUUCGAUGAUUCAGUUCAAGAAGAUAAUAAACCAGCAACUGAGAAGCAGCAGAUGGAGUCAGCAAUAGAAAUAAAGGAAACCGAAGCUACUAAAACCGAAGCAAGUCCCCAGGAAAGCAAUGUCUGUGUUUCUGAGGAGCCUUCUCCAGAAGAUUAUAUAACAGAAAGUGAAACAAAUUGUGACACUCAAGAAGUAAACAUCACAGAAUCUUCAGAAGUGAUUGUGGGUGACAAAGAUAUCAAAACUAGAGAAAUCUCAGGCCAAAGCAACAUGGUUUUUGUUGGGGAGUCAACUCAAGAAAACAUUGUCCCCGAAAGUGAGCCAACUGCUGAUAUACGGCCAGUGCAGGAGCCAGAAUCAGAAGACAUGAAGAACACUGAACUUGUUGAAGAGAACAGAACAUCCCAUGAAUUGAAUGCUACUGCCUUUCAGGCGCCAACUCAAGAAGAUAAUCCAACCACAAUCGAGUUGCAUACGAUGGAAUCAGCAGGAGAAGUGAGCAACAUUGAAGCCAAAGAAGCGCAAGGAAUCCCCCACCAAAGCAAUGCUGAUCAAUCAGAGGUGCAAGCAACAGAAGAAAAUAAAACAGCAAGUGAGCCGCAAAUACUAGAACCAGAAUCAGUCGAAGAAAUGAAUGACACUGAAGCAACCAAACUUCAAAGUAUCUCCCAGCAAAGCAUUAUCUCUACCUCUGAGGAGUCUGUCCCAGAAGAAAUAGCUACAGAAGAUAACGUAAUCACAGAACCAGAUGUUGAACAUCAACAACUCCAGGGUCAAGAAUCAGCCGAAUUCAAGGAAACUGAAGCUAAUAAACCUCAAGAAAUUGCCUCAUCUAGCAUUGUUUCUACUUCUGAGGAGUCUACUCCAGAAGAUAAUGCAACAGCAAUAGAACCAAAUUCUGACACUCAAGCAGAGAAUUUACAGUCAGCGGAAGUAACUGAGGACACUGAAAAUGCGAAAAGCAACACUGCUCUUGCUGAGGAGGCAGCUCCAGAAGAACAUGUAGAAACAAAGGCAACUGCUGAUAUAUCACCAGUGCAGGAGGCAGAGCUAGAAGAGACCAAGGACACUGAACCAGUUGGAACAGAGGACAAUAUGACAUCAAGUGACCUGCCAGCAGAAGAGACACACAUGGAAACCACGGAGACUGAAGCAAUCCCUCAUGAGAGUCCUGCUGCAACAGUAAAGGAACUCACUGAAUAUGAUAUUUUAACAGCAAAUACCCCACAUAUUGAUAUUCAAUCAGUUCUGGAGCUAGAAUCAGUUGAAGACACGAAGUGCACUGACACCACAGAGCAACCAGGAGAGCCCCAAGAAAUCAUCGGUUCUACUUCUGACAAGCUUACUCCAGCAGAAGAAAAGAUAAGAGUAACGGAGACAACUUUUGACACACAACAAGUGCAGAAUCUGACAUCUAAAGAAAUCAAGAACAGUGAAGAUGCCAACACUGAUCAAUUCUCAGAUCUCAGUAGCUUUCCCACUGCUGAAGAGGCAAAUCAAGAAAGUAAUUUACCAAGAAUUGAGCCAACUUCUGAUGUCCAACAAGUGCAAGAACUGGGUUCAACAGAAGACACCAUAGGCAUUGAAGCCGUGGAAACUGAAGAUCACCAGCAUCAUCGAGUUUCUACCCUUGAGGAGACACCAGUAGACAGUGAGCGAAAUGUUGAUGAUCAGCAAGUGCACAAGGAAAACCCAGCAGAAGUUGAAGACAAUGAAGCGAUGGAAGCUGAAGAAGUCUUCAAGCAAAGUAAUAUUACCACUCCUGAUAAUGCAGUCGAAGAAAGGAGUGAACUGGGAAGUGAGCCAGAUUUUUAUGUCCAACCAGCACAGAAGGUAGAAUUAUCCAAAGACAGCGAGGACAGUCAGCUUGUAAAGGCAGAAGAAACCUCAGGCCAAAGCAACAUUGUCGUCCUUGAAGAAACAACUACAGAAGACAGUGUCGAGAGUGAAAUUGACCCAACCGUUGAUAUUAAACAAGAGCAUGAACAAGAAUCAGUAGAAGAAAUCAAGGGUAUUGAUGCCACUGAAGUUGAAGAAGACUUUCACACAAGCCAAGCUGAUGCAAUAGAGAAACUUCCUUCAGAGAGUAGUAUAGCAACAAUAGAGCCAACUUAUGAUAUUCAGCAAGCGAAUGGCUUGGAAGCGACAAAAGAAAUGAAGGGCACUGAAGCCAUCGAUGAUGGAGAACAAACAGAGAUUACUACUUCGGAGGAUCCAUCUCCAACAGAUAAUGGAACAACACUUGAAGAGCAUCCUGUAGAAGAAAAGGUGGUGAAUGAAACUGACAAUGUAAUGUUGGUGCAUGGAAUCAAAGAUGAAAUUCAGGCGUCAACGGGACUUAAGGACGAUGCAUGUGAUUUGGAUGAAACUGUUUCAACAACUCAGAGAAGUGAGAACAUGACUGAUGACGAGGCUGUUCAAAGUUCCGGUGAUGACACACUAGAGACCUCAAACGAUAUCCAUCAAGUCAAAGAAGAGCAAAAGGCUGUAGCUGAACAUAAUUCAAGCCAAAUGUCACAGAACAUAACUCAUAUUCAAGAUAGAGAUAUCACAGAGGAAGUUCUCACAAAAAGAGGCACUGCAGAAGCAUCACAAGUUUUGUUUGGAAGUGAUCCCCAGGCAGCACAAGAUGUUACCGAAAAAGAUGAUACAAUAAAAUGUGGUGAGCAAACCACUGAUCACGAUAACAGGCAACCUGGUGAUGUAGCACUUCAACUGCAAACUUGUGAGGCGGAUGCUUUAUCCAUUGCGAAACAAGAUGAGGCUGUGCAAAAGGUUGACUUGGAUCAACAACAGACAGAAGAUGAGGAGAUUGAAAGUCAGAAGGAAGAACUUCAGGCAGAUGAACAGAAGCAUGAAGACAAGAGGGAUGGUUUCACCACGGAGCCACUAGUAGAGCCCCAGAAUAUUGAAAAUGGCACCACAAACAGGACAGAAGACACUGAUGCAUUUGAGACCUUGCAGGCUGAACAAACAGAGGCAGUCAUUACUGAAAUUCUCAAGAAUGAACGAGCCCUACAUAUAUUCGAGGAAUCCACCCCAAGCAUUACAGAUAUGAAGGUUGAAAACGUUAAGGGAACAGAUGAAGGAACUGAAGAAGAUGCUGAUGCUAAAAAUGAUAACAAAGAUGAGCAGGAGAAUGCAGAAAAGGAUGGUGUAGUAGCAAAAGACUCUACUGAUGAACAUGACGAUACAGCCGAUGAAAUUACAAAUGAAGAGCUUGAACCUGGUUUGGCAUCAUCUGUUCAAGAAAUAGCCGACCCAGCUUCUUCAAAAGACCAAAUAGAGAAUGAUUCUGUAGCUGUUCCUCAGAAUGUUGAAUCCGGUGUGCACAGAGAGGACAAAGAAUGCACAAACAAGGUUAAUGAUGAUGUGCAUGCCAUUCAAGCAUCAGAAAAAGAGGUCGUAGAUGAAGUAGAAGAAAAUGAAGAAAUACAAAAUGAAGACAAUGCUGUUCAUCAAGAUGAAUCUCAGACCAAACCUCAAGAGGAAGAAGAGCCUCAACUGCAUUUCAAUGAACCAUACAACGCGGGUACUAAAAUUGAUGAUACAACAGCUCCCUAUGAAGAAAUAAUCCAUGACAAUACGAGUAUACAGCCCAGAGAAAUUAAAGAGAUAGGAGAAAGCAAGGGACUCAAUUCCAUUUCCAAACCUUUUGUAGAAACAUCCAUACAGACCAAUGUUGAGCAGGACUUAAGCAGUCAUCACAAGGUUGAAGAUGAAAAGCUUUCAACAACAGAACAAAAUGCUGUAGACAUUGAAGCUGUGCUAGAAAAAGCUGAUGAAUCUGCCUCAGACAAGAUUGAUGAAACUGUUUCGAAUGAGAAAACAGAGACAAGCAAUACAGCAGCCACUGACGCGGUAACAAUCAAUGAAGAUAUCACUGCUAAGGCUAGCGGAGCUGAUGGAGCACAGUCUGAUGAAAGUCUCAAGACCUUUAAUGACACCAGAAGGGAUCUUGAUGUUUCAUCUGUAAUUACAGCAUUAAAGGAAAAAAGUAUGAAUGAGAAUAUGGAAGAUCGUAAGCUCGCUCUUCCUGCACAGGAUGAAAACACCCCUAAACAGGCGUUCUACUUAGAGGAAACAGAAAGAGAAAUGUCUUUGCCAGAGAAGCUCCUCCCCACUGAACCAGAUGAGCAAGAUGAGAAUCAAAUUCCCAAAGAACAGGAUGAAGAGGACAAGCAAAAGACAGAAAUUGGUGAUGGUCAGAAAGAAGUUGAACAAGAUUUACCUGUCUCUCAUUUUCUGAUGAAUAUAAUAUUGGGAAAAGAGUACGGUGAUGCAAAUGGAAAUUCAGAAUCUGAGGCUGAAAGGAAGCAAGAAGAAACCACAGAAGACAACAGCUGCUUGAUCAUUUCUAAACAAGAAGAAAGCUUGGUGUCACUUCCUACAGAAAAUAAGGUGGAUGACAAGCUCACCUUCGAGGAAGAAAAACAUGAAGUCAAAUGCUCUAAAGAAACACAGGAACUGGUCAAAGAACAAAGUCAUGAUCUCAAACUGGACACAGAAAGAUUUCCAGAAACUGAUGAAGAGCUCAAUAAGAACACUCAUGAUUUGGAAAUACCAGCAUACCAAGGCAAUUCUCAGGAUGAAAUUUCUGAUGAAAUGUCAUCAUCAGAAGAAGCUGGUGUAGCUACAAAAAUGGAAACUAGAGAUACUGAGAUUUCUGAGCUGGAUGACAGAGCAGUUGAUACUAUCUGUGAGGAAAACAUGGAGGCGUCAACAAAAGUUGAAAAUGGAAGCUCGACGAACAACCUAAAUGACUUAACAAACACAAAGGCUUCUGAAGAGGAUACUCUAGAGGAAGGACAAACAGGACCCUUGUGUGAAUCUUUACCUGAAGAUAAAAGUGCUGAUGCAGUAUCUGAGCAAACACCCUUGUUGACAGAAUCAGUAAUGAUUGAUGAAAAAGAUUUGCUUAGCGACGCUGAGAGUGUUCAGAACCCUAUGUGUGCAAAACAAGUCGAGGCCACUGAAUCUUUCAACAUCGAGGCCACAAGUACUCCUGAUAUUCAACUGGAAAGUGAAGAAGUAGAUAAGAAAGAAGAGAAGCAUCAUGCAAGCACAGCCACAGGUGAAGCUUCUGAAGAACAUGUAGAAAGUUCACAUGACAAUCUACAGCAAAGCACAAGCCCUGAAGCAACAUCUGAUGUGCAGGCACCUCAAAUCACCAAACCAGUUAGUGACACUGAGAUGACUUUGGCUCAGGAAAAGGAAAUUUCUGAAGGCUCAACAUGCAUGGACGAGAAAGAAAACUCUAACUUCUUAAUUAAAGGAGUACAAAACUUUCAAACAGCAGUUGAAAUUCAGGCUGAUGGUCCAAACAUGCAGAUCAACCAAGAUAAGCAAGAUGAAGCUGCUGACAACGAAACUGCAAUGGGGCCAAAAAAACUAGGGGAAUCUAAUUUGCAAGAGGACAAGGAAACUGUUACUGAGCAAAAAUCUCAUAGUGAGAGUGAUGAAGGAGAUCAGCAAUUUUCGGACAAAAAAGAGACUGUGAUCAAAGAAGAGGAUGUGCAUGAAACAGUUCAAAGGCAUAUGCAAACAGUGAACAUAAAACCCAAUGAAGAGAAAGAACUGUUUGAUUCAAAGGUCCAGGAACGUGAUCUCAAUGUGGUUUCACCAAGAGAAGCUCCUGAGCAUGAAGAAGACUUUGUGGACGUAACAAAGCCAGAAUUCAGCACAGAUGAAGAACAAAGUCCAAAAGCUGAUGAAUCAAAUAUGGCAGAAGAGAAGACUUAUGACGAGAAGACGAAGGAUGAAGAGGAAACUAAAAAAUUCACUGAUGAAGCAACAAUGAAAACUGAAGCACGAGAAGCAGGACAGAAGGUGGCACAUAAAAAACAUAGCCUAUUGUCUGGCGUCGGAUCCAAGGUAAAGCACCAACUAGCAAAAGUGAAGAAAGCCAUAGUGGGUAAGCCUGGGCACACAAAACCAGAAUCACCGAAGUCAUAAAACUGCAUUCACCUUAGAGCGUGCAUAUUAUUGUAUUGUUUGUGCUUUUGCGAACUAUUUAUUUGAAUGGUAGAAUGUAGCGAUGGGGUUUGUGAAGUUCCUCUCCACAAGCAUUGCAUUGAAAUGCUGUGAUGUUGAAGACGAUUGUAAAUAUAGCUAGCGGGUAAAUCCAAGUUUUCAUAAAGAUUGGUACUUGUUUUGUGGAACUUUGAGUUGUGUAGUAGAAUCGAGGACAGAAUGGAAAUGGUGGAUUCCAUGUAUUCUCUAUUGAUAUGUAGAUGCCCUUUGUGGUCA